AUGGUUCUUUUUAGUAAAUUUCGACCGUUAUUACAAACGGUAUUGAGACCAAAAGAACAAUUGCAAUCAAUUGUAAAACGAUGGAGUUCAGGAAGAAAUAUGCGAGUGAUGAUAUCGGAAUUUCAUGAACGAAAAUUUUUUGAUAUGUUUCAUUAUUACUUUCUAAUUGGUUUGGUACCUACAUUUUGUGUCGUUUUUUAUGCUAAUGUCUUUGUUGGUCAAGCAACACUCACGGAAAUUCCAGAUGAUUAUGAGCCACGACAUUGGGAAUAUUAUAAACAUCCACUUCGUCGCUUUAUGGCUCGUUAUGUUGUUCAACCAUUUGAUGAACGUUAUGAGAUUUCCCUUCAUUCCAUCUAUACGCAUGUUAUGAGGGAUCAACUUAAAGCUCUUGAACGUAAAGUAAAACGUUUAGAACACGCACGUGGUGAUGCUAAAGGAUGGUUUUAUCGUCCAGUUGUUGAUCAUUUAACUGAACUUGAACAAAAGAAAGCAGUUGAACGAUCUGAUGGUUAUUCAGCUAUGGUCGCACCUCGAGAAUUACCUCCACCACGUUCAUGGCCUGUACCACCUAAAACCUAA